AUGAAUAAGAAUAUGUAUAAGGCAGGAUUGUAUAUUGGCAACAUUUACAAUACUAAUGAAAGUGAUUCUGAACUUGAAUUAGCUCAAGUUCAAGAAGCCUCACGUAUUCAAAGAAGUAUACCAUCCAUUCGUUCAGCUAGUCAGCCCUAUCAAUGCCAGGUUAUGGAACCUAAACUUGAACUUGGAUAUCAAUGGCCUUCUCUAUCAAGACAGACAGGCUUUCUUAAAUUGACACCACAAAUGUCUAUUAGGAUACAAAGACAAGUGGAUCAAUGGUUAUUAUCCACUAAACGACAAAAGAAGAAUCGUCGUUUAAUUGAUUCGUCGACAACUUAUUUAAAAGAAACUUAUAAUACAAUUAAUCCAGAAUUCUUGUAUAAUCAAACAAGUCGACCCAAACGUGUCUUAACAAAGCCAAGUAAACCAAUCCAUAAUGAAGGAUUCGAUAAUGAAAAUUUUGAUUACAUUUUAAAAGUGAAUGAGAUAUUAGGCCAUGAUCCAAAUUACCAAUAUAGAAUCAUUGAUUUAUUAGGUCAAGGAACAUUUGGUCAAGUUGUUAAAUGUGAGCAUACUUCAACAGGAGAAUUGUAUUCAGUUAAGUUGGAUCCAGAUGAUAAACAUCAUAUUUUAAGAUUACAUCAUGUCUUUUCUCACAAACAACAUUUAUGUCUUGUAUUUGAAUUAUUAUCUUAUAAUCUUUAUGACCUUAUUGGCCAUAACCAAUAUCGCGGAUUCCCUAUUGAAAAAGUAAGGGCUUUUGCUGUACAGAUUCUAGACACAUUAUCUUUACUAAAAGAAGCCAAAAUCAUUCAUUGUGAUUUAAAGCCUGAAAACAUAUUACUAGCAAAUGAAAAAUCGCUUUCGAUCAAAGUGAUUGAUUUUGGCUCUUCAUGUCAUGAAGCAAAUCGUAUUUAUACUUAUAUUCAAAGUAGAUUUUAUCGCUCUCCUGAAGUUAUUUUAGGUAUGCGAUAUACAAAUGCAAUUGAUAUGUGGUCCUUUGGUUGUAUUGUUGCUGAAUUAUAUUUGGGCUUACCCUUAUUUCCUGGUAGCUCAGAAUACAAUCAACUUUUUCGUAUUGUAGAGAUGUUAGGCAUUCCUUCAAGGGAUAUGCUUAGUAAAGGAAGAAAUACGAAUAUUUACUUUACUAAACGUAAAUUAGGACAUGAAUUUGAAUACGAACUUAAAUCUCGUGAACAGUACAGUCUAGAAAAUAAUAAAAACGAAUUACCUCGAAAACAAUAUUUCCCUUAUACGAAUCUUAAGGAUCUCAUCUUACAGUUUAAUGGUCGAGGAGCAACUGCUACUAAACGACCCAUGCUAAGUCCUGAUGAAUAUCAAGCAAGAUUAUGUCUCCUGGAUUUUUUAAGUGGAGUUUUAGAAUUAAAUCCAUUAAAGCGAUGGACACCUCAACAAGCCACACAACACCCCUUUAUUACACAAAAACCAUUUAAUGGAUCAUUCAAGCCAGAUAUUCCUAUUGCAACAACAACAAAUAAUAAGAAAUUAACACCUAUAACACGUCGAAGAGCUGAAUCGAUGGGAACUAUAACAGCUCCUGAGCAAAUUCAAGCACUGGCUAACCAAAUCAUUCAAUCCCCUUUACCAACCAAACAAUACAUGCAACAACCACAACACAUUUAUCGACAACGAAACACACGAUCUCAAGGUGAUGAUUUAGGUCUUUUAGCUCCUCAACAACAAAAGAAAAAAGUCGUCAUUGCCCCUGAAGUCAAUAUACGAGAUGAAAAUCGAUCAUCAAAAGCUCAUACAACGAAUAAUUUAUUUAUGAUGCGUCCAAAUCCAGAUACAAAAAGAAGCUAUAUGACACUAUUCAAGAGACGCGGCGUCUAA